GCCAAGCACCCAUUGAGUAAAUUAUACUUAUGUCAGAAAUGACUCUAAAGAGCAAGCCUUUGUCAGAGAUACUGACGUCAUUGUCCUUUAAAGUCAUGUGGUUACCACAUUGAGUGCAAGUGAUGUGCAGGUGCACAAAGAUGGAUCAUACUGCUUUUGCGGUCCCGACUUUAUUUUUUCUCUUUCUCAGCUUGAUUUGCUUUGUGGCCGGAGAACCAGAUGCUGUCUCUUGUCCCGAAUACCAAGAGAGCUUUGAUGGCUCCUGCUAUGAGUUUGUGGGUCUGCAGCGUCCUUUCCUUGGUGCACAGAAAUGGUGCGAGAGAGGAGGAGGACAUGUAGCCUUCAUCUUGAACAAGGAGACGCAGAAGUUCCUUCAGACGCACCUCGAUCCAAAGAAGGACUGGUGGCUCGGACUGGCGCCUGCUGCACCAAACCUUACACUGGACACUGCUGCCACACAGGUUUCUCUGGCAUGGCUGAAUGGCUCAGAUGUCAGCUACAAUAACUGGGCAAGCAAUCCUGAUGCGCAAGCCACCUGUGGACAUAUCCUGAAAAAGUCAGGUUUCCGUUGGAUAGCGUCGGAGAAUUGUACUCAGGAACUUAGCUUCAUCUGCCAGUUUGAAUCUAGGAGAUCUUUUGCAUGUGAUGGCCAAAACGUCACAUUGCAGUGCGACUCUGGUCAAGUCAUAGAGAUAGACCAUAGUUUCUAUGGUCGAAAAACAAUUCACUACUGCCGGACCAAACUCGCCACCACACCUUCACCUCCUCUUGAGGAGUGCACUUGGACAAAUGUAGCAGACUCUGUAAAAGGCAGUUGCCAUGGACUGCAGGCCUGCCAAGCGCCAGCAGACGCCAAAUCUUACGGUGAACCCUGCCCUCUGUUAGGAAGUUACUUGUCUGUGGAAUACCGCUGCAAAGAUGGUCUCCACUUGCUGAUGAGUAAAUUGGCGGCAGUGUUUGAUAAUGUCACUCUCAAUAUCAAGUGGCUUCUUCAACCUUUUGAGGGUAACCUUACAUGCGCGCUGAACGCUGGCGAUGGCUACACGAUUGAUUCCAUCACCCCAGAAGAAAUGGAAACCACAGUGAUGCACACAUUCAAAACGCCUGGACUUUUCGUGGUCACAGUAGAGUGUUCCACCAGCGACUGGCAUGUGACAGCUCAAAAAUCCAUAAGCAUUCAGGAGCCGGUGGGUCAAUUUGGAGCUAUCAAGUGCUACAGCAUCAACACGUCAGAAGGUGGCACUAACUGCAGCCUGCUCUACAUCGGGGGACCUGUUGAUGUUCAGGUCACAGUGGAGACCGGUACAAACGUUAGUUACACACUCCAACAUAGGGACCUUCUACUUGCAAAUUCCUCUGCUGACCGAGGGAUCACACACCACAACAUUACACUGAAUGCAAGUGCAGUGGAGCAGCUCGGGCUAGGCUGUAACAACCUGACUUUGAACGCCUCCAACAACGUCACGAGCCAAAUCGUGUCCACCCAAUUUGAACUGUGUUUGCUGGAACCUGUCGAGGGCCUGCAAGCCUCAGUGAUAGCAGAGGGCGAUCGGUGUCCCGACUCCAGUGACCUCGUUAUUGGUGUCUCGCUGGAACGUGGAGCCCCUGUGCAGCUUCUCUUUACACUGACUGUCAAUAAUGUCACUCGCUUGGAGACCAGAAACAUGCUCAAUGGAAGCUUACAAAUGUAUACCUUUGGCAGCCCGGUUAAAGGAUCAUUUCAAUUGAAUGUGCAAGCUUCGAAUGCUUUGUCAACCUCUGAUUUUAACGUGAGCCUAGAGAGCAUAUUCCUGGCUUGCAAGAAUCACUCUGACUCUGAAAACAUGAUGACUGGCAAGUCUUAUGACUUGAACAUAAUUUCCACUCCAGAGUCUGUAGUUGACUACACUGAGAAUGUCACCCUGAGCAUGAAUGGAAGUGUCUCAUUGCCCAGCAAAGGACUCGAAUUUAAGUGGAAAUGUAGAGGGGACUGCAAAUGCAAAAAACAAACAAAUGACACAACUCACAUGAUUGACAAGCAGUGUCUUCCGAAUCCAUUUGAGAUGGCCGUCUACACCGUGACUGUCAAGAAAACAGCCUGGUUUAGGAAAUGGGUCAAACUAGCUUCUGCUUCCAAGUGUAUCACUGUUGCUCAAGAGGAAUUAAAAAAUGUCUCCAUUAGUUGUGAUAAUUGCACUUCAAUUGACGCGAACGACCCUGUAAAACUGAGGCUUAGCUGUGUAGCGAGUUGCCCAGAUGUGGACUGGUACACAGAGGAUCUAAAACCACUCAAGCGGGAUGACCUCGGAACCUGUUACUCACAAGAAGGAAGAAGGCCUCUGGUGAAGAAGCAAGAAGGCAACUCGGAAUUUCUUGUAAACAGCAAAGAGCUGAAAUAUUCGAGGGACAAUUUGCUUAAAAUCACCGUGAUUGCUCAAGGGAAAUCGGAGCAAGGUUAUGCCAGGUACACUCUCCCCAUACCGGAUCCAGAACCAACUGUCACCCCCUCACACCCGACGUGCAGCAUCUUUCCAUUAUCAGGCACUGUACUGGACUCAUUCGAUAUCACCUGCCAAGCGAGUUCUUUCUGUUCUUCAGGCUGUCUUUAUUGCUUCAAGACAGACACAGGCAAACAUCUGCGUUGCAGUAAUAAAGAAUUUGUGAAAUCUAUCUUAUUGCCCGUUGGAGACGAAAAGAACAACUACAAUUUGUCUAUUGUGAUAACUGUGAAAAAUGAAUAUACAGAAGUGACCACGAUGGUCCACACUCAGGUUCGGAAAAAUAACUCCAGUGGUUCCGUGGACACACUCCAGUCAGUUCUAGAAGAUACUGUCUCCCAGUUGGAACAAGAUGGUCUUCUCUCCAGUGAGGCGCUUAGCCAAAUCGUUACCUCUGUAGCAGAUAUACUCAACACCGAGGCUGAUGAGGAUCAGAAGGACGCAAGGACGAAGCUCAGAGAGCAGAUGCUGACCAAAAUGACAACGGUGCUGCUGGACUCCCCAUCGAACACCAGUUAUGAGGUUCAAGUGACAGCUAGAGCCGUAGCCGAACUUACGCAUCGAUCAGAUGAGCUCAGUCCAGCUGCCCAGGAAGAAGCAAGCUCACUCUUGGUUGACCUGAGCUCUUCCCUCAACAUUAUCAGUGUUAAUCAGGAUGGGAUUGGUGAUGAUGGAGAAGUUGUGGACGGAGCUGCACCAAUAGUUGAAGCUGCCAGUAAUAUUUUGAAUGCUCCGUCCAACGAAAAAGUUUCCACUUCCCUUCUGACUGGGAUGGGUAACGUACAGAAUGCCUUGUUGAAUCAUAAAAAGUUGAACGGAGAUCCUAUCAUCAUUGACUCCAAUCAGAUCAGUGUGUACGUAAACAGAGUGUCUCCAGAAAGUAUGCAAAUGCAGGAUAUAAACAUCCAGAGGAGCAGCGCUUCUAGAUUUUCCUUUCCGACGCUGCCUUCUGAGGUUUUCUCACCAGAUGAGCCUGUGGAUGUCAGAAUGAUGAGUUUUGAAAAGAACCCAUACUCUUGGAAAGGUGGAAACAUUUCAGGAACUGUGGGAUCUGUCUCUCUCACAAGACCGAAUGGCACUGUUAUCCCCAUUAAGAAUCUCCCUGAAGAGAUUGAGAUUCUUCUGCCCAGGCCGGACGUUGGGCAAGAGAACAGCACAGUCCUGGACCUGGCCAAUUUCAGCACAUUAAUAAUUGACGUUCCCUCGCCUGAUGUUACACUGGUGCUGAAAAUGGAGCCCUCUGAAAACAUUACUUUCAUCUUACUUCUGGGGCACAAGAAUUAUCCAACAAUUGAGCAUUUUGUGGCCAAAACUCAAAUGCCUCGCGAGAACGUCAAGGAAGAGGAAAAAUAUACCUGGGUCCUCAGUCCUAAAGACAGAACAGGAGAUGCUGGUGUGCACUUCCUCGUCUUGAAGCCCAAAGUCGAGCCAGGCGUCAAAUCAGUGAAUGCCACAGUCAGUAUUGUAACAAUCGCUGCCCAGUGCAAAUACUGGGAUGAAGAAGUGUUGUCUUGGAGUGAAGAUGGCUGCAGGGUGUGUGUGUAAACACCUUUUAUUCAGGUGGCCUGAAAAGCAUCCCCGCCACAGCUGAUUUUCCUUUUCUUUCAACAGGUUGGCCCACUCACGACACCUUUGCUCACUCAGUGUCUGUGUAAUCACUUAACUUUCUUCGGCAGCUCUUUCUUUGUCAUGCCAAACCUAGUGGACGUGUCACGCACCGCGGAGCUUUUCUCCACUUUCUUUAACAAUCCUGUGGUUGUGUGUUUUGUGGCGGCCAUUUUCUGCACUUAUCUUCUCGUGGUUGUAUGGGCACGCAGAAAAGACAUCCAGGACUCAGCAAAGGUCAAGAUAACAGUGCUUGAAGAUAACGACCCUCUAGCAGAAUACUGCUACAUGCUGACAAUCGGCACAGGGCAUCGCCAUGGUGCGUCCACCUCCUCACAGGUGACGAUAACCCUGCUGGGAACAGAGGGGGAAAGUGAGCCCCACCACCUGACCGAUCUCGAGAAACCUCUGUUUGAAAGGGGUGCAGAGGACGUAUUUCUCUUGACCACGCAUUUUUCCCUUGGAGAGCUGCAAAGCGUCAGGCUGUGGCACGACAAUUCGGGCGCGCACCCUGCAUGGUAUGUCAACAAAGUAAUGGUGCAAGAUCUGGAGAGUGGCCAGAAGUGGCACUUUCUCUGUAAUUCCUGGCUUGCUGUGGACGUGGGAGAGUGCAACCUCGAUAAGGUUUUCCCAGUGGCCACUGAGGAGGAUCUGAAGAGAUUUAGCAAUCUGUUCUUCAUGAAGACAGCUAAGGAUUUCCGUGAUGGACACAUCUGGUUCUCGGUCAUCAGUCGACCCCCGUGCAGCACCUUCACUCGUGUGCAGCGAGUGUCCUGCUGCUUUUCCUUGUUGCUCUGCACCAUGUUGACUAGCAUCAUGUUUUGGGGCAUCCCCACGGACCCCUCAGAGCAGACCAUGGACCUGGGUCACAUCGAAUUCACCUGGCAGCAGGUCAUGAUUGGAAUUCAAAGUUCGAUCAUCAUGUUUCCUAUCAAUCUCCUCAUUGUGAGCAUCUUCCGAAACACUCGGCCUCGAGAAAAAUCUCAGAAAUCGGACAAGACCAAGCAGGGGAAGACAGUUCGGGUAUCUCCCUCAGAGACGUCUUCCCUUCAGAAAGAACAAAAGGACAUCACACCAGACACGGUGCUGAAGGAUAUAAAAAGAAUAGCCCAGUCACUUUCAAAGGCUAUGAAGAGUCCCCUACCUUAUUUGGAGCUUCGACCUGGUCACCAGACUGAUAUCAACACCCUUUUGUCUCUGGUGGAAGACAUCAUCAGGCAGCAAAACCGAAUUUCCUCUGACUUUUACACAGAUACGGCCAAAAGAGAACGCUCCAUCCUCAGUUUAGGGGCAGUCGAUCUUCAAGAAAAGAGUGUUUGGGGCAGUCCAGAGAGGACCUCAGACGAGGUUCAGAAGAAGAGCAACAACAGCAGGUAUCUAUACAGGCAGCUGCGUCAUGUUGAGAAGAAGCUGGGUUUCCUGGGAUCCUCUCGAUUCCAAAACCCGGACAGCUACAACAAAGCCAUGCAGCAAGUCCAGGGGAUGAAGAAUCUGCUCGAGUUUCACCUACCGUCACACAGCCUAGAUGGAGAACAAUCGGAGCGUAGUGCCAGUCCAGAAGAAAAUGCCAACAAAGGCACUGCCAAGAGAUGCUGCCAAGGUGGGCUGCCAUGGUGGUUUGUCUUUGUAGGUUGGAUAUUGGUGAUAGCAACCAGCGGUGUGUCUGGAUACUUUACCAUGAUGUAUGGGCUGACCUAUGGGAAAGAUCGUUCUAUAAGCUGGCUGAUCUCCAUGGUGGUGUCCUUCUUUGAAAGUUUGUUCAUCACACAACCUCUGAAGGUUCUUGGCUUUGCUGCUUUUUUCGCUCUUGUUCUGAAGAAGGUCGAUCAGGAAGAAUACGGAGAGCCUCAGAUUGACGAGAGCCUGAAGAAUUAUGAUGAUCGUGAUGGGGUGCGAGCAGCACGAAGAGACAGCACGUGCAGUUUCUACCAGCCGCCACCUCCAACGGACAUAGAGAAGAUGAGGAACAACAUGAUUAAAGAGCAAAGAGUCUUUGCUCUCAUCAGGGAGAUUCUGGCCUACAUGGGAUUCAUGUGGAUGUUGCUCCUGGUGGCGUAUGGACAAAGGGAUCCCAAUGCGUACUUCCUGACCCAGCACAUUCGCCAGAGCUUUAGCAAAGGCAUCUCUGACACGAUGAGCAUACAAGAUGUGUUCAACUGGGCAAACACAACUCUGCUCAGCAACUUGUUUGGAGAACACCCAGGUUUCAUCACAGAUGGUAACUCAAAGCUGGUGGGUAACGCUCGUCUCCGCCAGCUGAGGGUACAGAAAAACUCUUGCCGUGUGGCGCGUCGCAUGCAACGUGCUGUGCAUGACUGCCACUCUCUGUACUCGUGGGAGUCCGAGGACAUGGGCUCCUAUAGUCCAGGCUGGAGUUCCUCUGAUAAUACAUCAGUGAACCUCCCCAGUCCCUGGAAAUACCGAUCCCAGGGUAAAUUGAGGGCCUACCCCAUCUGGGGAAGCAUGAUCCUCUACAGGGGAGGAGGCUUUGUGGUGGAUCUCGGACCAGAUUUAGAAAACUCCAGCAGAUCUCUCCAGUAUCUCUAUGAAAACCGCUGGUUCGAUGCACACACCCAAGCAAUCUUUGUUGAGUUCACUGUGUACAAUGCCAACGUCAACCUCUUCUGUAUUGUCACACUCAUGCUGGAGACCACGGCUCUAGGGGCUUUCCAGUUCCGUAGUGAGCUCCAGAAUGUUCGUCUCUACCAAUCGACGGGGGGCCUGCACAUUUUUGUCAUGGCCGCUGAAGCCAUCUACUUCCUCUUCAUUCUAUAUUACAUGUUUGUUCAGGCAAAGCUGAUGAAGCAACAGAGAUGGGCUUAUUUCAAGAGUAAAUUGAAUCUACUUGAGCUGGCAAUCAUACUUCUCAGUUGGAGCGCACUGUCCGUCUUUAUCAAGAGGACUCUGCUGGGGAAGCGAGACAUGGAAUACUACCAGAAUCACAAAGACCAAUUUGCCAGUUUCUACGAGACAGCCAAGGCUGAUGCAGUCCUGGGCUAUCUGAUUGCCUUCCUGGUGCUGCUGGCCACAGUCAAACUGUGGCACCUGCUGAGACUCAACCCUAAGCUGCACAUGAUCACAGCAACGCUCCAGCGAGCCUGGACUGAUAUCUCCGGCUUCCUGGUGGUCAUGACCAUCAUGUUUCUAGCCUACUCAAUUGCUUCCAACCUGAUGUAUGGGUGGAAGCUGUACUCCUAUCGCACUCUAUUUGAUGCUGCUCAGACUAUGGUCAGCCUGCAGCUGGGCAUCUUUAACUAUGAUGAGAUUCUUAGUUACAACCCAAUCCUGGGUGCCUUCCUCAUCGGCUCCUGUAUCGUGUUUAUGACGUUUGUGGUGCUCAACCUCUUCAUCUCUGUCAUCCUUGUGGCCUUCAGUCAAGAACAGAUUCAUCACAAGCCAUCCGAGGAGGAAGAGAUUGUGGACAUGAUGAUGAUGAAACUUUGCAGUCUGUUCGGAAUCAAAUCCAAGACUAAGCAAGGUGACGAUGGCCAGACUGAGAAGGCCCAACUUACAUGUGCUUCAAAGAAUGAAAUCGCUACAAUUUCGCCAGGCCGUAUUGACAAGGACUCUUAUGUUCUACUUUAGUCUAGUCUAUUAUUCUACUCAAUAUGCUCAAACACCCUUUGUGCUUUGCCGCCAUUGUUAUUUUUCACGGUUUGCUUCAUUCUGUGCCACUGCGAUGUUGACUGCAUGUCAGGGCCCGUGUUAAGUGCAUUAUUUAUGAACAAUAUUCUUCAAAUAUGUCCAGAUGUUGAAGCACUGCUUUUAGGAUGUUGCAGCUGUAUUUUUAAAGUCAACUUUGGCAAUGAUUGUGACUCUCUUGUGUAGAGUAGUGUUUGCUUCAAGUGCAACAUCGGUGUGACCGCUGUUAUGUUAAAUGUGGCACUUCUUCAUGAAAAUGUAUUCGCCAAUAAUCAAAAAGCUUAAUUGUGCAACACAAAAAAAAGCAGCUGCUGAAAAUAGAUUAAAACCUAUACAUUUAAGCAACUUAGCGUAUAUGGCUUUAUGCUUGAAUUGUGCAUUCAAAUUAAUGUGUCAGGAUCUGCACAGAUACAACAUGAACAAAACUGAUAUGUUGUUGGGUGCGCUGGAAGCUGUUAAAAAACAUGAAGCAUGAAUCAUGCAAGUCAUUGUCGAAACGCCAUUCAAGAGAAUGAUACCAACAUUUUGAAGUUAGUAAAUUAAUUGGGUAAAUUAAGUAAAUAUAGGACGACAUAUUCCCAACCCAACCUAAAGUAAAUUGUGGACACUGAUGGACACUGAUGACAUCAUUACAAAAGGAAAGGAAGAAUUAAGAAAAACAAUAUUAUAUGCAAGUGAUAAACUAGCACUCAAGUUUUUGCUUUUCAGUGAUUCUUGAAGUGGCUCAUGGUUCCUUUGUGGUACUAAAAAGAAUCACUUUUGAGGUACAGUUCAAUAAUUUCAACAUUUAAUUUUGCGAUUAAUCGUCAAGAACUGUUUUUAAACAUUUCACUAUGAUUUUUUUAAUUAAAGGUUUAUGUAAAAUACAUUCCAAUUUAAGAUUGUUUUCCCCCCUCCCUCCAUAUUUACGUGUGGCGUUUAUGUUCUAAGUGUGUGUAAGGUAAGAAUGCCUGCCCUAUUUUGGGGUUGGUCAUAUUAGUAGUGUUUGGAGCGGUCAGUGUGUUUUAGGUGGUACUGUACUUGCUUUGUUCCUGUGCAUUUGAUUCAAUUACAAAACAUCAUAAAUAAUCUACAGUACCAUGUAUUCUUCGAAUGACAUGAUUUGUCCAAAAGUAGAACUCUUAUGCAAGGUAUACAAAAUGAAAUAAGAAGCACAUUUACCUGACUUGUGCGUCCUGCCUACAUUUUCGCAUUUGUAUGUGUGCCUAUUUUGCAAUAUUUGGUGUUACAUUGCGGAUCAAUAAAAUGGUAAAAAACAAAA